GUCCAUCAGAACCUCACCAGAAAAUAAGGAAAAGAAACUAAAGAAAAGAAGUGGAGAGAAAAAGGAGAAGAUAGAAGGAGAGGAAUGGAGGCAGGAGGAGGAGUGCAUGGGGAGGAAGACAAGGCCUGUCCAUUGGUUUCCAAGGAGGAACCCUCUUUAUUGUGUACAGAGCAGGAAGGUGAAGAAGAGACUGCAGAAUAUAACACAGUGAUUGUCUCUGGGUCAAAUGAUGAACUGGAGACCCCGGAAACGACAGAGUUCAUUAUUAAUCCCCCAGAUAACCCGACACCCAAUACAGGGCAGUGCCAGCUCAAUUUAGUGGCAGUUUGUGGGCCUGAUUCAUCGGGAGGAUGUUACACCACCUACAGUACAGAGCCUGCCCAGGGCCCUGGGUACUUCACUACGGGAGGACAAUUCCAACCUGUAAACCUAAAAAUGGUGGGCGCCUUCCCCCAAGCUGCACCUCUGCCACGACGCUCUGCCCGCUGUGUCACCUCCUGCCGCAUGCCAGCCUUUAUCUACGACACGGGACCAGAAGGAGUAACUCAGAUGGUGAGGACCCAGACUGAAACUCUGGAGGAGGUGGCGGCUCCUAGCCGGAAGAAGAGUCGAACCCUUUACAACAUUGACCAGCUGCAAGAAUUGGAGGGAUUGUUUAUGGAAGAUCAUUAUCCAGACAAUGAAAAGAGGAAAGAGAUUGCAGAGAUUAUCGGGGUGACACCACAAAGGAUUAUGGUCUGGUUCCAGAACCGGCGUGCCAAAUGGCGCAAAGUGGAGAAAACAUCUUUAAAGGGUCCAAAAAAUGUGAAUUCUUCCAUGACUACGUUGGCCCACUCUGAGAACAUAGGCCUCGGUUCUACCACUUCAAUGAAAGCGCAGCCAGAAGCCAUUUCUUACGCAGUGCCUUCAGUCCAUCAUCAAUAUGGAUCAUUACCGGCUGUGAGAAACGGGAUGUCCAUUGUUCCGGGAAGUCUUCUUCACAGAUCUCACUCUAUGGAUGUAUCUCAACAUAGCGUCUCCUGUGGUUCAAACAGCAGCAGUUCAGUGUCCAGUUUAGGGUCACCUGAAGCCAUCUGUCUACCGACAUCCCGGGAGUAUCCUCCCACGUUCCAUAGCCCUCCGCCACUGCGGCGUGUUGGCCUGCCUAUGCCCAUGACCUUUAACCCCAGCAAUCACAUGGUUCCGCUUAUGCUGGAUACGCCGGAGAGUUCCUGUACCCCAUCUCCGUCUACUGAUGGUGAUAUCUUCUCUUAUAAUAUUCAGGAAUCCCCAAUGGCAGAGACAAUGGGGCCACCUAUGAGAUAUGGACCGCACUACUAUCACCAGAAUAACCAAAUGGGACAAUACCAAAUGUUCCAAUAUACACAAUACCAGAGAGUGCCAGUACACAACCUUACCCCAACCUCUCCAGAAGACACAACCUUCCUCGCUGUUCCAGCCAAUAACACGGGAGUACUAGCCUAUGGAACCUCAGGAACAUUCCUGCAGGGUCGACCAGGGGGACAUAUUGUGCUUCAACAAGGGACAGGUGGCCCAGUCUAUCAGUCUUCUCCAUGGAACGACAUGUAUAUACAAGGUGCUCCAUUCCAGUGCUCUCGACCCCAGGUGGUUGAAACGCAUGGUAUUCAUGACCAGCCCAAUUGCCCGCAGCCUGCACCCCACCUAUCGCAGCAUCAUCAGGAGCCUGCACCAACCGCUGAGGCUGAGCCCUCCACCAGUGAAACGGCUGAGAGCACUGACCCUGACCCAAAAGAUGUUACAAGCUCUAUUUAACUCUAUCCAUUGGACCAGAGGGACCGGUUUCCUUCAGUACAACAGAAGCAUGAUGGGAAAAUAGGGCAAUAGCCCAUUGCCGAUAUAGAAAAAGAGAUUUAUAUUUUUGAUGUUUAUUUUGUUCUACGACUUGUUACAUUAUUGGAGGUGAAUUAUGCUGGGGAUAACAUAUGAAAAAUGUACCAUUUUCAUGCAAGAUAGCUCAAUAAAGUCACAACUUGUUUGCUUACUGAA